AUGAAACUCCCACCCUCCUGGCUCCUCGCCAGCGGCAUCACCUUCACCAUGACCGCUAUCCCCACAGCCACAGCCAGACCAUGGACCCAAGUACCACGACCAAGAGCAGAAAACACCACCACAAAUCCCACCUACUUCUUCACCUUCGGAGACUCCUACUCCCAAACCGGCUUCAGCGCCUCAAGCACCCAACCCUCCGCCUCCAGCCCCAUGGGCAACCCAGACCUAGGAACCGGCACCACAACCAACGGCCCCAACUGGAUCGGCUACCUAACAACAACCGAAAACGCCUCUCUAGUCCUCAAUUACAACUUCGCCGCCGGGGGCGCCACAAUCGACAAUGCCCUUGUCCCCGCAUACCCCGGUGACUUGGCAUCGCAGUUCCGGCUGUUUGAGGAUGUGUAUGCCGAGAAACCGGAGACUGCACCUUGGGAUGCUAAGGAUGCAGUGUUUGGGUAUUAUUUAAGAGGUUGGGGGGUGGCAACAUACACACUCAAGCUCAUAUCCCGACUAGAAAGUCUCGUGGAGGAGGUAUACAAGAACGGGGGCAGGAAGUUCCUGUUCCUGAAUGUCCCGCCGACGAGUCGCAGUCCGUUCUUUUUGGAUCAGGGUGAGGAGGUCGUCAAGCAGCAUGCGGAGUAUUUGGCGGUUUUUAAUCGGAAUUUGGAGGAGAUGGUGGAGAAAUUUAACAAGGAGAAGGGGGAUGUAACUACCGUCCUCUAUGACUCGUGGUCAUUCAUGACGAAAAUCUUGGAUGAUCCGACGGCGUAUGGAUUCCCCAAUGCCACGUGUAUCGAUGAUGAUGGGACGUCGUGUAUUUGGUGGAAUAAUUAUCAUCCCGGAAUGAAUACUAUAUUAUUUGUUGGAUACUACUACUACUACUACUACUACUACUACUACUACUACUACUACUACUACUACUACUACUACUACUACUACGUUUGA